AUGCAGCAGCUCAUCCUCCUUUCCCUGUUCGUCGUCGCCGCCCAGGCCUGCAUCGGCAUGGGAGGCGGAGGUGGCGGUGGAUGCUGCCCUCCUCCCCCGUGCCCGCCUCCCGCAUCGUCUUGCGGAUGUGGCGGCAGGAAGAAGCGAUCCAUCGAUCUGCCAAACUUCACGGAACUAUCGGCCACCUCGGCUGAUGAGCUCUGCAACAGCCCGAGGCUGAAGGCGUUGCUCAACGAGAACAUCUCCUCCGACCUGGUCGCUUCCAAGACGGCCCUCGCUUCCGCUGCCGAAUCCUUGAACGAAAAAUUCGUUGUCGUCUGCUCGGGCUCGCCCGUCUCCUUCGCCACGGCCCAGGACACGGAAUUCUGCAGCGCGCGCCGCCCGGGCGUCUACUGCGACGUCUUCUCCCAC